GGGUAGAAGGGAUUGAGAGUGGGGGGUGGAUGGGGUGGUGCUCGCCGUCCACAGGGAAGCAGGCGUUGGCGACUCUCUGCUACUUCGGCGCGGGCGCCGCCCUCUUCGCCGUCGGCGCCCACCUCUCCUACGCCCACGUCGCCCCGCAGCGCGCCCGCACCCUCGCCCGCGACGCCUUCGUCCGCGACUACCUCCGCAAGAAGCGCGGCCAGUAGCCCCGAACCUUCUACAAACAACCUUCC